GUAGUUUGAUAUUCCGGAUGAUCGAUCCAUUCACCUGCGUUGCAUUAGGCAAAUAAAUAAUUAAUAUAAAAUAUAAAUAUAAAUAUAAAAGUCUCUGUAUUAAACUAAAUUAAAAAGAUCCCGUCCCACGAUGAGUCGUAAACCGGACAGAAUGGAUUUGGAGGACAGCUCAAGUGGCACCGUCAGUGGCAGCGAUCUCGCCCAGCGUUAUCGGCAUGCAGGCGACUUAACUGGCGAAGCUCCAACCAGACCAUUUUCGGAAAUCAGCAUCACAGUGCCCUGGGGUCAUAUAUCCGGAAAAUGGUACGGCCCUCAGAACGUUCAGCCUCUUUUGGGGCUCCAUGGCUGGCAGGACAACGCGGGAACAUUCGAUCGCCUCAUGCCGUUGCUAUCGCCGGACAUAGCUUUCCUGUCAAUCGAUUUACCGGGUCAUGGACUCUCCUCCCGCUUGCCGGAUGGCUGCUACUACAACUCCGUCGAUAAUCUCUACGUGAUCCGGCUAAUCAUGAAACAGUAUAAAUGGGAGAAGGUUUCCCUCGUGGGCCACUCCAUGUCCUCAAUCAUUUGCUUCGUAUUCGCCGCUGUUUUUCCCGACAAAGUGGACAUGAUCAUUGGUAUAGAUGCCCUUAAGCCCCACCAACGACCUUAUCCAUCUGUUAUACGAACAAUGGAAACGAGAUUAGAUGAAUUUUUGCGCGAAGAUCAGCGAAAUCGGAGCAAGAACGAACCACCCAGCUAUUCCUAUGAUGAACUCAUUGAACGCGUCUACAUUGGAACAUUCCACUCUGUGAACAAGGAGCACUGCAAGCAUUUGAUGGCCCGCAACAUCCAGAAAUCAGAGAAGUACCCCGAUAAGUACUUCUUCUGUCGCGAUCGGCGCCUGAAGUUCUACAACUACGCCAUUGGGUCGCAGGAGCUUUGCGUGGAGAUGGCCCAUCGCAUCACAUGCCCAUAUCUGUUCAUCAAGGCCACCCAGUCCUCGUACUUUGAGGACAAGAAGUACUACGACGAGGUGCUGGACGUGUUGGUUAAGAAGCCCAACUUUGAGUACGUUGAAGCCAAUGGCUCGCACCAUGUGCACAUAAACGAUCCGGAGGCCAUUAUCGGGCCGGUCAACAACUUCAUCCAUCGCUUUGGACCGGCGGCAGCGGCAGCUUCUCGCCAAAAGGCCAAGGAGGCAAAGGAGAGCAAGCUCUAGAGACGCCGGCGUCAAUACAUUCAAAAAGGCCAAAUGGGGCUUAUUUAUGAUUGCACAUAUGUAUUGCACUGGUUUUUAUACUUAAUUGUUGAUUAUGUGAUCCCAGCAGGGGACUCAGUCCUGCUAUAAAUAUACAAUGUACAUAUGCCAA